AUGAACGUUCGUCCCAAGACCAUGAUUUCACAGAUUCUGCGCUUCACUCUCCCCUAUCCGCAAACAAUCUCCAGCCCCGAGUUCUAUCGCCUUCGCGAAACCGUGGCCAAGGUCUGCAUCAGCCAAUACGUGGGAUACACCAUCUCAGCGCCGCUGCCUCGCAAGGCCGAGGAGAUCUGUUGGGCCAUCAAUUGGCCCGCGACUUCGACGGCCGCACAACGUGCGGAAACACUAGCAUCGUCACCACCACCACCAUCAUCAUCAUCUGACGACGGCGGCCGCGGCGGCAUCGUCACCAUCAACGGCGACGAUGUGACGACGUCGUCACUGCUUCUCGAGAUCGACGACGCCCAGGUCCCUGAAUUGACCAAGGCGUUCGAGGCGCGCGUAUGCGAGUUUGCAUUCAUAGCGCUGUCACCUCAAGCGCCUUUGAAGUCUCUCGCUUUCCAAACAUCUAUGCACAAAACGUACACCGACGCAUACGGCAUGCGAGGCUUUGAAGGCGGCCAGUGGGCAUAUUGCUCCAAUACGAACGACUCUCGGGGCGGCCCGUUGACGAGUGAGAAGGUCCAACUGGCUUCCGACGAGAAGAGGUUGGGUGUGUACGUCCUCGGAUGGGAGAGUGUGGAGCUUCAUCAGACAGCAAGCAAGACUGCACUCUUCGCGGAAGAGAUCGACAAACUUUCACCCUACUUUGGACCAGGGACCGGAGCCUUCUACGUCUACUUUCGGAAGCACGCACAGAAUUGA